AUGUCGUCAAAGAUUAACAAUGGUGUCGGUGUCCAGGUCGAAGACACAAAGAUAUGCGUCGUCAUGGUUGGCCUGCCCGCCCGGGGAAAGAGCUAUAUUGCCCAGAUAGCCCAGCGCUACCUUCAAUGGCUCUCUAUCCCGUCAAAGACGUUCAACGUCGGCAGCUAUCGCCGCAAUGAUGCCCCGCAGCCCAGGGCCGACUUCUUCGACACCAGCAAUGCCGAGGGCGAGCAGAAGCGCCGCGCGGCAGCCCAGGCCGCCGUCGCAGAUAUGCUGGCCUGGUUCCGCACCGGGGGCGUCGUCGGCAUCCUCGAUGCCACAAACUCGACAAAGGAGCGCCGCAAAUGGGUCAACGAUGCCUGCACAGCCCAAGGAAUCGAGGUGCUGUUCGUCGAGAGCAAGUGUGACAACGAGGACGUCAUCAUGGCCAACAUCCGCGAUGUCAAGACUACGAGCCCAGACUACCGCGGCCAGGACCCAGAGGAUGCCGCCCAGGACUUCCGGAACCGCAUCCGCAACUACGAGAAGAUCUACAAGACGAUUGACGCCGACGGUGACGAGGACGACUACACCUAUCUCAAGAUCAUGGACAUUGGCAAGCAAGUCAUCAUCAACCGCAUCCAGGAUUACCUCCAGAGCCGCAUCGUCUACUACCUCAUGAAUCUCCACAUCCGCCCACGCUCCGUCUGGCUGUCGAGGCACGGAGAGUCCGAGUACAACUUGGACGGCAGGAUUGGCGGCGACACGCUUCUGUCGCCUCGCGGCGAGCUCUACGCUCGCAAGCUCCCCGAACUGGUGCGGGAAUCUGUCGGCGACGAUCGGCCCCUUACCGUGUGGACGUCGACGCUCAAGAGGACCAUUGCCACUGCCCGUUUCCUUCCCCCGCACUACAACCAGCUGCAGUGGAAGGCCCUCGACGAGCUCGACUCGGGCGUUUGCGACGGACUGACGUAUCAGGAAAUCAAAGACCGUUUUCCCGAAGACUUCGCGGCGCGCGAUGAGGACAAGUACAACUACCGCUACCGCGGGGGCGAGUCGUACCGCGACGUGGUGAUUCGCCUGGAGCCCAUCAUCAUGGAGCUGGAACGUAGCGAAGACAUCCUCAUUGUCACGCACCAAGCCGUGUUGCGAUGCAUCUACGCCUAUUUCAUGAAGAAGGAUCAGGCCAAGAGCCCGUGGAUGAAUGUGCCGCUGCACACGCUCAUCAAGCUGACGCCUAGGGCCUACGGGACCGAAGAGGUGCGGUACGAGGCGAACAUCCCUGCCGUCAGCACGUGGCGCGGGAAGGGCAGUACGGCGCAACACGAGAAUCCCACUCCCGAUAAUCUGUGA